AUUGAGGACGCUUCUGCCGUUCUCCAUCCCGAUGCCCAUUCGAGCGUAAGCGUCAGAUCCGAACUCUCCUCUCCCCUCUUCUUCUUCCUCGAUCGCCGGAAGUCAUGGCGUCCUACUUCUCCUCCGUCCCCGACGAAGCCUCCGCCAUCGGACUCCUCCUUCAGGCCGCCGCCUUGGUGCCGACAGCCCACUACCUCGCGGCCGCGCUCAUCUUCCUCCUCGUUUUCCUUUACAACUUCCUCGAGCUCCACUUCCUGGGCGAUUUUCUGCGGGGGUUCCGGGGGGACCCCGUCGUCCUCACCUUCGAUCCCGCGUCUAGAAUCUACCAAGGGGUCGUCUCCAUGUGCCGGAUCCUCCAUGGAAGGUAUUUGGUAACGCCGUGGCUUGCGAGCCCCCAUUUGCAGACAGUCUUCUUGAGUUUUUUUGGAAGACCUCCAUCUGUUGUUUAUAGAAGGCAAUUAUUCUCUGUUCAGGAUGGUGGAACAGUGGCUUUGGACUGGUUGCUUGCCUCUGAUGUUGCAGGAGGUGCCUCUGACACGGACAAGGUUAUUUCAAGAGAUGAUACUACUCCUAUUGUGGUUGUGGUCCCUGGACUGACUAGUGAUUCCUUUUCUUCUUAUGUGAAACAUGCUGCUUACACAAUGGCAAAACAUGGAUGGAAUGUUGUUGUGAGCAAUCAUCGAGGCCUAGGAGGUAUCUCCAUUACGUCUGAUUGCUUCUACAAUGCUGGAUGGACGGAAGAUCUUCGGGAAGUUGUUAACUAUCUUCAUUAUGAAUAUUGGAGAGCUCCUCUGUUUGCUGUUGGGACAAGCAUUGGUGCAAAUGUAUUGGUCAAGUAUCUUGGGGAAGAUGGGGAGAAUACGCCUAUCGCUGGUGCUGUUUCUGUUUGCUCGCCAUGGGAUCUAGUGGUAUGUGACAGGUUUAUUUCUCGCAAGCUCGUCCAGCGAUUCUAUGACAAAGCUCUUACAAUUGGCCUUAAAGGUUAUGCUCAAUUACAUCAGCCUAUAUUAACUCGACUAGCAAAUUGGGAAGGCAUCAGAAAGUCAUGCUCUGUUCGGGACUUUGACAGUCAUGCCACUUGCCAUGUUGGAAAGUUUGAGACUGUAGAUACCUAUUAUCGCUGCUGUAGCAGUGUGAGUUUUAUUGGGAAUGUAGCUGUUCCAUUGCUGUGCAUCAGUUCAUUGGAUGACCCAGUCUGUACAAGGGAAGCAAUUCCUUGGGAUGAAUGCAGGGCAAACCAAAACAUUGUUUUGGCAACAACUGCACAUGGUGGACAUCUUGCUUAUUUUGAGGGGCUGACAGCACAUAGUUUAUGGUGGGUUGGAGCUGUUCGCGAGUUUCUCAAUGUUCUACACUCGAGUGAAUUCAUGCAUGGGAAGAUUAAGACACCAAACCAUGGCUUGCAUUGUUCGCUUGAAUCGGGCAUCGAUAAGGGGCCAUAUGUUAAUAUCACGGAAGAUGGAAUGGUUGCUGCAAUGACUACUGAAGGACCAGACCACAUGACCGAAGAGGACUUGCAUGAUGAUGAAUUAUGCCAUGUCGAUGAACCUGAGGAUGAAAUUGUGCUUACGGACCAGAGUUUGCUUGGAACAGAAAAUGACAUGGACAAUGGUAGCGAGCCUGUGGAUUCCGUGCAAGAGAUACAGGCAGAAAGCAUUACCAAAGCCAUCCAUGAUGUGACUGCUCCAGUAAAGAGAUCCAUCAAUCAGCUAUUACAACAUUAUGAUAUAUCAAUGUGGUUGCUAGCUUAUAUAGCUAUCGUCACAACUUGGCCUCUUCUGGGCUCUGCACUUUCUGUUGUCUUCAAGAGAAAGCUUAGGGGUUUGCUGCCAGCAUCAUGGCUUAGAAGAUGAGGGAAAAAUUGCUAAUAGGUGCAUGAAAGAUUUUUUCCCCUUGUAAUCAUCAGUCAUUAAAAAUGUGUUGUAAUCUCAUCCCAAUGACAACUCCAAUAAUCUGGAGGAAGGAUCUACCAGAAACCAACAUCCGAUGAAGUCCUCUUAUUUACUUCCACAUUAUGCCUUCUAUGAAAAGUCCUCCCUGCAGAUAGUAAACUCAUGGUUAUGAUGACUUAUUUGUGUUGGGGGGUUAACUCUGAAGUGAUUAGUUAAGGACAUGUCAUAUGCAUAAUGCAACUAAUGUGUUUGUCCACACCUAAAUUAAAAUCGUCAUCAAGAGAUAUGUUAUGAUAGCAGCUUGGUUUGGCUUCCA